AUGAUCCUCAAAUUCUCUUCACUCAUCGCCCUCGUCGCCGUUGCUGUGGCCGUGCACACUGCUUCAGCCUCCAUCGCUGCCACCUGCUCCGACGGCACACAGGUCCCCGACAAGAUGUGCUGCAACUUCAUCCCUCUCAUAUCAGCGCUCCAGAAUACUUUGUUCAUGGAAGAAUGCGGUGAAGAUGCUCACGAGGUCAUUCGUCUAACUUUCCAUGAUGCCAUUGCUAUCUCUCAGAGCCAGGGUCCCGCGGCCGGUGGAGGAGCCGACGGGUCGAUGCUCAUCUUCCCGACCGUCGAGCCAUCGUUCGCAGCGAACGUGGGCAUCAACGACAGUGUCGACAGUCUGACUCCGUUCAUGUCUCAGUUCCCCAGCAUCACCGCUGCCGACCUCGUCCAGUUCGCAGGCGCGGUCGCACUGAGCAACUGCCCAGGCGCGCCCCAACUGGAGUUUCUUGCCGGUCGUCCCAAUGCUACUGCGCCGGCCGUCGAGGGCCUGAUCCCCGAACCACAGGACAACAUCACGUCGAUCCUGGACCGGUUCGCCGAUGCCGGUAGCUUCAGCCCGUUCGAGGUUGUCUCCCUCCUUGCCUCUCACUCUAUUGCUCGUGCCGAUAAGGUCGACCCGACCAUCGACGCCGCGCCAUUCGACUCCACCCCAUUCGUGUUUGACACCCAGGUCUUCCUCGAGGUUCUCCUCAGGGGCGUCGGCUUCCCGGGUACCGACAACAACACCGGCGAGGUCGAGUCCCCACUCCCGCUCACCGUCGGCAGCGACACCGGCGAGAUGCGUCUCCAAUCGGACUUUGCACUCGCUCGCGACCCGCGCACGGCGUGCUUCUGGCAGGGCUUCGUCAACCAGCAGGAGUUCAUGGCAUCGAGCUUCAAGGCGGCCAUGUCCAAGCUUGCGAUCCUGGGCCACAAUCGCGCGGACCUGGUCGACUGCUCGGCCGUCGUCCCCGUUCCGAAGCCGGCGGUGAACAAGCCUGCGAGCUUCCCCGCCACCACUGGCCCGCAGGACCUGGAGCUGUCGUGCACGACCGAGAAGUUCCCGACGCUGACCGUCGACGACGGCGCAUACGAGACGGUGAUCCCGCACUGCCCGGACGGCAGCAUGACAUGCAACGAUGUCCGGUUCAGAGUCCAGGCCGUCGACUAUUAA